UGUGGUUCGGCAGAAGUAUUCAGUGAUCUCAGUGUUUGUUCGAGCGCAAUGAAAGUGCCACCGUGGCCUUAAAAAAAAAAAAUCCCGUAUUAUUAUUUCAGUGUAGCAGUACGUGUUGUUUUUCUUAACCUGCAUUAGGUUAAAUACACACUAGCACUCUAUCGGUACACAUGUAACGUAUUCAAGUGUGUUUUAGUGUAAGCGUUCAAUCUGGAUCACCGCAGAAGGAGCAGAGGGAAGAGAGAGGAGACCUCCAGAGCAAAACUCCUCCUGUCCAAAACCAACAUGUUCUCCAAAUUCACCUCCAUCCUACAGCACGCCGUCGAAGCGCUUGCGCCGUCACUGCCAUUGCAAGAGGACUUUGUCUAUCAUUGGAAGGCCAUUACACAUUAUUACAUAGAAACCUCAGACGACAAAGCCCCAGUGACCGACACCAACAUUCCCUCCCACCUGGAGCAGAUGCUGGAUAUUCUGACCCAGGAGGAGAGGGAGAGAGAGUCAGGAGAGACGGGACCAUGUAUGGAGUAUCUUCUCCACCACAAGAUCCUGGAGACGCUCUACACCCUGGGCAAAGCAGAUUGCCCUCCUGGAAUGAAACAGCAGGUUCUGAGUUUCUACACCAAGCUUUUAGGUCGAAUUCGCCAACCACUCCUGCCUCACAUCAACGUGCACAGACCUGUACAGAAACUGAUCCGCCUCUGCGGCGAGGUUCUGGCUGCUCCUACAGAGAAUGAAGAGAUCCAGUUUCUGUGUACUGUCUGUGCCAAACUUAAGCAGGACCCUUACCUCGUCAACUUCUUCCUGGAAAAUAAGACUAAAAAGUUGGAGGCUUCUAAAGACAGUGGAGCUGGUUUGGUGAAAGAGGAUCCUUGUUCUCCAGAUACGGGACAGAACCAAAACCAAACUCCCAGUCUGGUCACAUCAACACUAGAAGCAGCAGCCUGUCAAGCCACCAGCCCAGGGGAAGCUAGUCCAUCCCCCGUCCACAGUACACUGCCAAACAAUGAUAACUACAACCUAGUCAGCUCCCUUCUUAACCUCACAAAGAGUCCAGACGGCCGUAUUGUGGUGAAGGCAUGUGAGGGUCUGAUGCUGGUAGUCAGUUUGCCUGAGCCAGCUGCAGCCAAAUGCCUUACAGAGAACACUGAACUCAGUCAACUCCUCACAGACCGGCUGGCACAGUUCUACCGGGCCCUUCCUCAGUCCAUGGACCCUCUUGACAUCGAAACUGUGGAAUCCGUAAACUGGGGGUUGGAUGUGUAUAAUCUAAAGGAAGAUGCUGCUGCUUUUGCGGGCAAACGUGCACUUAUUUCUUUCCUAUCAUGGCUGGACUAUUGUGAUCAACUCAUCAAAGAGGCACAGAAGACAGCUGCUGCAGUUCUGGCCCGGGCUGUGAGAGAACGAUUCUUUGUUGCCGUAAUGGAGCCUCAGCUAAUGCAAACGUCAGAGGUUGGCAUUCUGACUUCAACAGCCCUGUUAAACAGGAUCAUCAGGCAGGUGACAUCAGAGGCCCUGCUUCAGGAGACUGUUUACUUCCUUUUGGGAGAGGAAACGGGGCCAGAGACGCUUGCUGGCAUUACCCAGCAUCCCCUGAGACACAGACUCAUAGAACAUUGUGACCACUUAUCAGAUGAGAUAAGCAUCAUGACUCUACGGCUCUUUGAGCAUCUGCUGCAGAAACCAUGUCAGCACAUUCUGCAGAACCUGGUGCUGCGCUGCUUGGAAGAACGGAACUACAUAGAGAACAAACAGCAGGAGGAACGAGAGGAGCGCGAACACAUGGAGAACGGCCAGCCGCAUGACGCCGUAGAUCUGGAAGAAGACCCGUUGUUCUCAGAUCUUUCCCCUGAUAACAGACUCUCUAGCCCUGAUUGGUUAAGUUGCUCUCCGCCCCCAAGCACAGAACACACCAAGCCUGAUGGGAAGACGGAGGUUCACAAAAUAGUUAACAGUUUCCUGUGUUUGGUGCCUGAUGAGGCAAAGUCAUCCUAUCAGGUUGAGGGCACAGGCUAUGACACCUACUUGAGAGAUGCACACAGACAGUUUCGGGACUAUUGUGGAGUUUGUCAGAGGUGGGACUGGCGUAGCAGUCCAAAAUCCUUUGAGAAGUGUAAUCUGGACAGUCCUUUUUUCGAGGGACACUUCCUCAAAGUGUUGUUUGACAGAAUGGGACGAAUCCUCGAUCAGCCGUAUGAUGUUAACCUGCAGGUGACGUCUGUGUUGUCUAAGCUGUCUCUGCUGCCUCAUGCUCAUCUUCACGAGUACUUGCUGGAUCCGUACAUUAACCUAGCGCCAGGCUGCAGGUCUCUCUUCUCAGUCAUCGUCAGGGUGGUUGGUGAUUUGAUGUUGAGAACUCACCACAUCCCUGAAUUCACCCCUAAACUCCUGCUGGUGAGGAAAAGACUUCUGGGACUGGAGCCAGAGGGGAUGAGCGUUGAUCAUGUGACGUUGCUCGAGGGUGUCAUUGUUCUGGAGGAAUUUUGCAAAGAGCUCGCUGCUAUCGCGUUUGUGAAGUUCCAUGCAUCCGUCUCCACUUCCCCCGAUCCUCUCGCCACUGUGCAUAGGAAACAAACAGAUGAGUAAAUGGGGGAGUGGAGUGGGGAUGACAUGGGAGCGACAAACCAAACUGCACUCAUCCCUCAGCACAGACUGUUGCCUGCGGCAGGACUCGCAUACAAGGAUGUUUCAUUCGCGUUAUCUCUGGGAUGUUUCCAUAACUCUGACUGAGCGUACUGUCCUAAAGGCAUCCAGAGAGGAGAAUUUUGUAAUGAGACGAGGGAAUUGUGACUCUAGUGGAACAGCCCAUCUGGAGAGGAUUUUGUAGCAUUGAAAUGGAAAAAAAAGUAUAAAACUUCAUGCCAAAAAAUUAGGUUCAAAAAGUACAAAAAGAAAUCGACUUGAAAUUCGAUUCAAGUAAUGAAAAAAUAUAUGGUUAAAAAAAAAGCUGAAUGUGCUAAAUUAAAUAUUUAAUUAUUGAUUGUUUGUCAUUUGCAGUAUCAAAGAUACUGUCAUCUGUUGCUCUCUGCUUUUCCUAGAAAAAUAGUUCUAAUACAAAUGUCAAAUGCAUUUGUAAUGACAAAUUACAAUAACUCAGGAUUCAAUGUCUAUCUGUUUUUAAAUAAUUGGAGAACCAGAAAACAUGCAAAGGUUUUAAGCGAAUCCUCUCUCAUUUUUCUUUCUGGUAGUGAAUGGGGGGAUUUUUUUUUCUUUUUUCUUAAGUGAACCGAAAGCAAUGCGGACUGGAUAGAUUUGUGAUUGGGCACAUUUGCACUCAAACCGGUUUCCACUGGUGCAUCCCUGGAGAGUUGGUCAUCCUUUAUGUUCCUGACAGUGUUCCUAAAUCAUUUCAGUUGUUAAACCUGACGUGUUAUGUGUGUGCCUUGGUCUCAGCUAGACAGUAGCUUUGUCCUUCAUCCUGUAUUUAUUAUAGAUUUUUAAAAAAAGGAAUAGUUCACCUAAAAUAACAAUGAUAAUGUAUUCAUUCUUUUGUUGUUGAAACUCAGAGUUUCUAUGAAACAACAUGCAAUAAGGAUGAACCGUGAUGGACAUAAAAAGUACCGUGAAAUCACUUCUGUGCUUUAUGCAGAGUCUUCUGAAGCCAUUGCGAUAGAUUUAUGAACUAAAAGGGGAAAUGUAAGUCAUAAAUCAAGAAUUUCAUUGAAUGACUUCUUUGUCACACUGAGCUUAUGUAUGAUCUAGGAAGACUUGGAAUAUAUUGCACAAGUCAUGUAUUUUAAUAUAUUUUCAAUUUUUGUUUCUUUUUUUUUUUGAAAAAAAAUCACUGAGUGAAUGGGAAAAUUAAUAAAGAAAAUGGUUCGGAACAAUAUUAGGGUGAGUAAAUUAUGACAAAAUGUUCAUUUUUAGGUGAACUAUUCCUUUUAGAGCUCCAAAACGAUCAGCUGGUUUAGAGUUUAGCUGCUUCCUUACAAGGGAUCUUUAACAUUGUAUGUUUGCAUUAUAUGGCAGUGUGGUAUUAUACCAGCAAUAGUGUUAUUCAUCAGGCUGCUCUCUUCAUCUGCUCCUGCUCUUUGUAAAGGACAUGCUGUGCUAAAUGCACACUAUGUACAUUUGGCAAAGAAGGGGCACAGAUUGAAAUAGGGUUGGGUUUUUUAUUUCUGGACGACUAGCUUCCAGGGCCUUUUCACAAUGCCUUGGCAUCGUGGCUUUAUUUAACAAUCUUUACAGGUUUCAGAUUUAUGUAUCUCAAUCAUUACUUAGCAAUUUUCCAUCCGUACUACAAGUGUAUAUUUAAAGCUGCAUCGCGUCAAGAUUUGCGUCUAUUUAAAAGAUUUGCACACUAGUGUCUAUUUAUCCAUUUUACAUGUCUGUCUUUUUAAUUUUGUUUUCUUUAAAAACCAAAGGAUGUAUCAUCAUCGGAGCAGCAUGACUGCUUCCGAGAGAAAGACAAUUAAUGCAUCUUUUCUUUCUUUUCUUUUUUAAUUCUUGAUCAUGCACAUUUUAUACUGAGUUCAGAACUGUGUAUAUACAAAUGUACAGUUAUAACAGUAGUGAUGUCUGGUGUGAAAUGCAUGCAAGGCCAUAUCUGGUAAUUUGCAGCAGAGGAAAGCAUAUUCUCUUUCUAUCUGCCCUUCCACUGUUGUUGUUGUUGUUGUUUUGUCUUCUUUUGCCUAUUUAUGGGGAAUUUUGUGAUGCCUUAUUUUAGAUGCAGUAUUUGGUUAUAGCCUAUAUCCUCUGCAGUCUUAUUUUUGAGUUAUACACCUGAGAAAAAAAAGGUCUUUAUUUUAAUGCUGCCCAUUUUAUUUAAAAAAAAAAAACAAAUGUUGUAAAGCAAUGUAUUCCAUUGGUUAAAAUGAUUCUGGGCUUUCUGCUGUAAACUUAUUUUUGUUUUCUCUGAAUAUGUAUUUCUGCUUGGACCCAAUCACUGUUCUGCUUGACUUAUUUAUUCCUGUCACUUGUACAAAUGUAGCUCACUUGUUUAUCAGACGUGUCAGGAGGUAUCUUCUGUUGAAUUUGAGUGUCACUGCCAUGGUGUCACGAUGUGACACUUUUUAGCAGAACAGAGUUAACAGAUUACAAUUUUAGGGAUGAAAUAUCAUGUGAUCUCAGUUUGAUUCUGCUGGGCUUGUAAAUCUCUGUAAUGAGGUUUGCUGUGUCCUGUGGCUUCUUUAAUUCAUUUUCCUCCGUCCCAAUUAAAACAUUUGCUUUCUUCAAA